AUGGAGGGUCGGCGGCAUGACAGCACGCUGCUGCGUGAGAGCAAACUUAUGAAGUAUAUGGAGGAGCGAGCCUCCAUAUUCGAUGGGUUUUCGAAAAACGGCGCCGACGGAUACCGAUCAGCGCUUCUUAAGCUCAUGAGCUCUGUCCGAGAAGCUGUUGAAUGGCAAUUUGGUAGCAUGAAAUCAUUGUGGGCAUUCAUUGACUUUAACAAGUCUCUCCGUCUGCGACUGAGUCCCAUUGGUAAGUAUAUGCUUGUGAACAUGUUGCUCACAAACUGUCACUGCUGCUAUAAUGGAGGCAACCAAAUUAGCGCCUUCUUCGGCUUGGCACCACCCUCUCUAGAUGCAUACCUAGCUAAGUGA